AUGGCUGCCCAUGGUCGCGAGAUCCAUACUUCGUCCAGCAUCGGUACCAACGACAACGAAUACCACGGCCCUAGCGAGAAGCAAUACACUUGCUCUCUAGCGUCGUCUUCUUGUGGAUUUACUGGUCAGCCAGCCGCUUCAUGCACAUUCGGACGUUUUCAGAACUAA